AUGUAUACCACCACCGCAUAUGCACCCAUGCCGCUUCGUGCGCAACCAAGCACUUCACGACCCAACAUAUUUCCGAUACAGGAUUCGACAAAUCCGCCUAUCCCAGGAUCCCCCGAAAAGGGCAAGCUUCGGCGCUCCCGAUCCGGCUGUUACACCUGUCGAGUUCGACGAAAGAAGUGUGACGAGGGUCGUCCUGCCUGCAAAGCUUGUAGCAGCCUUUCUGUGAAUUGCGAGUACACUCAACCCGCGUGGUGGUCAAGCGUAGAGCAGCGACGCAUACAAAAGGAGCGGAUUAAGAACAAAAUCCGGGAGACAAAGAUGCUCGAAAGGCGCCUGAAUCUGGAAGAACAAGUCCGACGUUUACUUCCAUCGCCGGCAAACGUCCAAUAUGAUUUUAGUCGACCUCCAGCUUAUGGUAGCCCCUAUGGUUCAUCAUACAGCUCUUACCUGCCUACUCCAGGCUUGACCGCAGGAUCUCCGCCUUACCCGUAUAACUCGGGCGUUUUCACCACUCUACCGGAAACUCCGCUACAAAAUACCUCGUCCUGGCAAAAUGCAGAUACCAAUUCAUUUUGCACCAUGGGAACAAACUUACAGCCAGUGCUCGCACCUGCCAGCAUUUCGCCUUGUGAUCAAGCGUAUCAGAGAUAUGAUCAACCUGCCCCGCCCAAUACCGACAAACCGUUAUCUGCUUAUUUGAAGGAUACCGAGUCACUGGACGAGCGUGAACGACUCCUACUCUAUCACUUCGUCGAUGAUGUCUUGCGAUUGAUUUUUCCAAUUCUGGACCUUCACAAAGCAGGCCCAGUCCGAGCGCGCGAGAUCCUUCAUUCCCUAGAGACUAACAAAUCCUACUACCACUGCUCGCUUAGCGUGUCUGCGAUCCAUCUCAAGACCAGCGCCCACCCCGAGGCUAAGAGCGUCGAGCGUGACAUAAUGCAGCAUCGAUACAAGGCCGUUUCGCAUUUGACCCGGGCCCUAGAAUCAGACAGCGGCCACGAUCAGAUUCUCGAUGCCACGCUCGCCAUGAUCUUUUUCCACUGCUCCGUGGGUGCCCCCGACGACCACCUGCCGGACAUCCCAUGGAACCAACACUUUAAGGCCGUCGCAGAUCUUAUCAACCAACUCGGACUGAUCGAUUCAUCACCCUACGCGGCUCUUCCUUUCAGCGUUUCUCUGACGGCGUGGAUCGACAUCCUAGGCGCCACCAUGUUAGGCAGAUCACCCCAGUUUGCCCACACAUACCGUACGAAGCAUCUUAGUGGAAUCUCUUCUGGACUGAAGGAAUUGAUGGGCUGCGACGACCGAGUGAUGUAUCUGAUCUCCGAGAUCGCAUGUUUAGAUUCAUUAAAAGGAUCAGGCCGUCUGGACGAGCUCAACAUUUCCCACCACGUCUCCGCACUAAGGGCGCAGAUUGACCAUACCGAGCCCGUCGACUUCCGGCUGGAAGACCCAUGUUCUGCUUCCGGCGAAAUCGACCCCGAAAAAUUGACCAUGAACAUGACGGCCAUUUUCCGCGUGGCGGCUCGGAUCUACCUGUACAGCCUGAUGCCAUCCUUCGACCGCAGCGAACCAAGCAUCUUCAACUUAGUGGAGGCGGCCGCCGACCUUCUACAGUCCAUCCCCACGGGACCCUACGGCUUCGACCGAUCCCUAGUCUGGCCACUGCUCGUGGUGGGGACAUAUUCGACCCCGGAGGGCAGUUUCCGCGGCAUUCUGGCCCAGCGAGCAACCGCCUUGGGUGAGUCAGGCGACUUUGGUAGCUUUGGGCGCAUGUAUCGCGUCCUACAAGAAGUCUGGAAGAUCGCCGACAACCCUCCCAUGACGCCAGCCUACACGACUCCCAGCAUGCUGUUGCCCCCAUCCGACCACUCCUACGACCAGCCGUUGUCAUUCGGCUCCAUCCCACAGGUCAAGACGAUGGGCCAGCCCGUCAAAAAACAGCCCGUCCACUGGCGAGACGUCAUGAAGCGCUACGGGUGGCGUUAUCUGCUCAUCUAG